AUGCUACACCCCGACAGCCACACUCAAACACCCGCAGCCACCCACUACCGCCUGCACACCAUGCUCGCCCCCUCCCUCCUCCCCACCCUCGCAAUCUCCGCACUCGCACUCGCUCACACCGCAGCAGCGUACCAAUACACCGUCGGAGUCGGCAAGAACGAAGUGACGGGCGACCCCGGAAUCGGUUUCGACCCCUCGCGCACCGUCAUCGCCGACUCGUCCGCCUCGAACACGAUCCAGUUCUCCUUCCUCGAGGGGAUCCACCGCGUCGUCCAAGUCUCGGCGCAGGACCCGUGCGCGUUCGCGGGCGGGUUCGACUCGGGAGUCUUGAGUGUCCCGAAUGGGACGCUCCAGGGUCAGGGACCGACUGCGACGUUCAAUGUGCAGAACAACUCGGAUGUCCUCUACUUCGCCGAUAUCGCGACCGACUACUCGCCCUGCUACCUCGGCGCCGUCUUCUGCCUAAACACCGACGAAUCGUCCUCCACCACCUCCUGCCACGCCGUCAAAGCGAAAGCGCAGGCAUUGGGAACGCAGUAUGGAGUUUCGACGACUCCGUCGCUUCCCUCGUCGGCCACGGCAUCGGCGGCGAGUUCGUCGACGAGUAUGAGCUCGACUAGCUCGGCGACGAGUUCGGCGUCGAGCGGCACGGUUAGCGGCGCAGGCGCUUCUCGUACGGCCUCUGCAUCUGCGGCCUCCGCUUCCGCUUCAAGCUCCUCGAAGCCUUCGAGCGGCGCGUCGAGUCUCAAGGCGGGAGUCGUAGGUGCGGUUGUGGCGGUCGCGGCGGUCGCGGCAGCGAUGGCUUAG